AUGGCCCUGUUUCUUCGAGAAGUGCAGUGCCUACGGCGACUGGACGCGCACCCGAAUAUUGUACGCUAUUUUAAUAGCUGGGUGGAAGUUUCCCCUUCGCCUCUUACCCCCGAGAAUGCGAUGCACCGGACCUCCCUUCCUGCAUCUCGGGGUCAGGCGCCAUUGGGAGCGAAGGCGAGUUGGGUCCGCUCUCCGCUGACACCGUGGACGAGUGGUCGAAUCCCCUGUCCCAAGGUAAAGAAGAUUUUCCGGGAUGGCGGCACCUCGCGGUGGAAGAUAGGAGAACAACGAGAGGACGGAGAAGAGAGCGAUGGACGAAGACAAUCUCACGCCCGCAGAAUCAGUCGCAGUAGCAGUUGGUGUGAGCCUGAGAGCGAGGAGACUGGCGAGAGAAACUCAGACUAUGAUGGAGGAAAGAAGGGCGAGGUAAAGGCUUUCCGAGGCAGUCUACCAGUAUCGCCUUUCUGUUGUUCUAUGGCGGAAGACGGUACAAGGAAAAGGAACACCAACGGAAUUCCCAGAGCCUCUUCAUGCACCCGUCCACCGUGUGCUUCGGUUCGUAGGGGGCGCCGCAAAGUGGGCGAGCAAAACACAGUCCAGACCGACCAGCGCAAACACAGGCACUUUGCACAAUCAACAUUGUCGGCGAUGGGAGCGCGCGUCAGACCCUCUAAUCGGUGCGUGGGCGGAGCAAGCUCUCCUUUCGAUAGCGGUCCCUGUGCUGGUCUGAGUGAGGGUGAUAAUCAAUGUAAGACCCCGCAUUUCUUCUCUGACCAACAUGGCGGUUCCAGUCUGUGUGGGAGCUCUCCAAAGGGAAUGGUUUUGAGAGCAAAACGACGUACCACAAGGGAGUCAGAUGAAGAGAGUGAGUCAGGACAAGCGGGCCGACGCCCUGUAUCGGCAGAAUGGGGAACGCUGCGGAGCGAGAAACGAAAUCGAAGUUGGCGAAGAGAGCAGGUGUCGGAAACACUCAAUGCAGCCCUGGAAUCGGCAAGAAAGGAAUUUCUUCGCCUCCACGAGGCGGCGUCAGACAGACUGGGGAAUCACCGUAUGUCCAGCGGGAACAACUGUGCUCUUUCGUGCAACGGCCAGUCAUGCCCACUCUGGCAAGAGACCACUGUCUCAACCGCGGAUUGCGUGCGAUGGAGCGCAGGCAAUGCUAGGGAUCAGGAGGAGCAUCUGAGAGAAGAAAUAGACAAGGAAAAAGUGAAGGAUGAGGUGACAGACAAAUGGAAUGAGGACGUGGGGCAGAAGGAGUUAGAUCGAGAAGAUGCUGUUGGGAACGGACAAGGGACCUCUAUUGUUUCCCAAGGAGUCGGCCAUGCCUUCGCGCGCAUAAAUAAAAGACUGGAUGGAGAGAAAAAACUAGGGAGGUCGCCUGAAGCGAAAGAAGGGCGAGAAGGGGCGUACGGGCCUAGGUCACAACACGCUGGUGAAAACGGGUCUCCGCCGGAUGGUGCGAUGAUCCCAGCAGCACAGAAAGAGAGAGAGAGAAAUGUUACGCUCCCUGGGUACGAGGGCACAGAUACGAAUGAUGAUGACGAGGUGAGAAGCAAGAAAGGAGUAUACCAUUAUAGGACGGGAGGACCUUAUGAAGACUUGCCAUCAAACGUAUGGAGCCAUGACCACCCUAUCACGAGCCUCGACAGGACCCCUGUGCGGCUGAAGACCCCGUCGACAGGUGACAAAAACAUCAGAAACGCCGGAAAGAAGCCCGGUACGAAGUGUCUUGUCUCCGACGAUUUUUGGCCGUGUUACGGCUUCUACAGUGACGACGGCGGUGAGGACGGCCUACAGAUUGUCUUCGCGGAAGUAGAGCCAGGUGGCACCCUUUCUUCUGCGGGAGAAGAAAGAAAGACAGAGGAAGAGAAAAACGCGGCGGGACGGGUGUGGAUUUCUGAUGCAAAGGCACGAUAUAGCUGUUUCGGCGAUAUAGGCGCAAACACGGCGGAGGCAUCAACAAAGCAUGGCACAGACGUGAAAGGCGGCAUCCGAUCCAUAGACUCGAACCGGGGAGACAGUGGGAGGAUGGAGAUGGGAGAAUGGCUGAUGGGUCAUAUGGCAGUUGAGAAAACUGACCCGGAAAAAGACCGUCCGUUGCAUCGCCCCUUUAACUGGCAGCCUGCGGGCUUGUCCCCCGUCGCUGUAGGUGGCAUAACUGCAGAGCAGAAGGAAAAAGGAGCGCGUGGAUGCCGUGGUCGGCAACAAGGCAUAAUGGGUACAGCCGAUAGUACAGAGCGGUCUUGCAAAUCACGAAGGCGUCAUAGCUGCUGUUACCCCCGCUGCCGAGAGGAAAAAACCUACCUCUGUCGGGGAAGGAGUCAAAGUUCACUCUCCGCUCGCUGGCUGCCCGCUGAUGACGUUGAGGGAUGGCGAGGUGAAGCCCAGAAGAUAAAGGUACGGUGCUUAGCGGAAGAAGUGGUAGGCGCUGCUGAAUUUACGUACCUCAAAGAGGAAGCCAGCGAUGGUAUAAUUCACUCGGUCCCAGGGAGGCAGGCAGGAGCAAGAGACUCCCCGCGUGAAGCUGUUCCUGAGGACAAAAAUGAUGCUUCCAUACGAAAGCCAGACUCUUCACACUCACCGAGAACGUCUUACAACAACAUAAAAGACCGUUCCCCCUUGCCCCUCAUAGGAGGGCGUGGACGGUUGGAGAUUUCCUGUGAUGAUAAGUCACCUCAUAAAGAAAGGCAGGGCGAUGGCCGGCAAGAAGUUACGGUAUUCAAUCUUCCACACGGGCGCGAGACCGUGAAAAGAAGAGCCCCAUCGAGUGAGAGGCGAGGCCAGGGACCUGUUAAUGCCAACAUUUCCUCGCAAAACAAUCCUGACCGUCCAGUCAACCGCCGGCCCUUCCUCGGUCGUUCUCACUUCUGUGAGCGGAAUCAAUGCAGAGUUGCCGUGACGCUAUAUAUCCAGAUGGAGUAUUGCGGGAUGAGCCUCGACGAGUAUAUCGCGCAGACGCCUGAAGUUGAUCCGGAAAGAAACGAGGAAAUUGUGGCGAUGAUUAUUUCAGGUCUUUACCAAUGCCACAGUGCAGGCGUCAUGCAUCGUGAUCUCAAACCAUCGAAUAUUUUCAUCGACAAAGAAACAGGCGUAGUCAAAAUUGGCGAUUUCGGCCUCGCCUUCAGUGGCGAUAUGGAAGCAAGCCCAAGAUCAAGCCGCGAUAGCGGCAUCUCCUCAAAGGAUAGUUCCUCAAAAAGCCACUCCGCUGUGGUGACCCUAAGUUCCCCAACACCCACAGGCAAGAAGGCUCAUGCGAAAAAAGAUGAAGGCUGCCAGGUUACGCUCUCUGGUGUGCGUCACAGUGGCGGAAAUGGAGUGAAGAACAUGAAGGAAGGGGCUGAGAGCGUUCAUAUGAGUUCCACUACAGCGAACACCUGUAGACACCAAAACCUUCAGGAAGAGCGGCAACAAAGUAAUCAUUGUGCGUGCCUACACAACUGCCACGUGCCUUCAAGUUCGCCUUCCUGUUCGGCCACAUCCUUAACACGUGGCGCUCAGCCGCACGCUAAUAUCCACGAAGACACGCGUUUUAAGACUCAGGCUCAUCAAAACUCUCCCUGCGGGACGUCGUGCAUGCCAUAUCCUGCGUCUGCGGAACGAACCCCCCAAAAUGAUAUGUUGAGAGGCGACGGAAGCACACGCCGUUCAACGAGACCAACACUGGAUAGUGGCGUCGGCGAGAACGUGACACAGUCUGUUGGCAGAGAGGCAAUCUCCGACGCUCCAGAAAUCUCACCCAACUGUUGUGCUGCGGUGCCUCUCCCAAGCACAGGGAAAUGUUUUGCUCUCCCUUCGCCGGGUUUACAGAAAUCAAGAGACGACUCAUCAGAACGGACGAACGAAACAUUAACCAAUGGCACACCCCUUGUUUUGGGCAAGAUGUCCACUCCCGUUAAGAUAUGCGGUUCGCAUGCUCCUUGCCUGACGCCUCGCACAACGUUGGACGUUCGCCUUUGUGAAAGCCCCAUCCUUUCCAGUAUCCAACUCGAUCUUGCUACAAGCGAGACUGAGAUGGUGCCGUGGUCACGCAGAGGAGACCAACCGCCCCCUUUGGGGAAGAGUGAGGUUGACGUGAAUGGAGGCAUCCUCACCAACAAGGCUUCUGUCCCCCAUCAGGCACAGAGCCCAGUGGCCAGUCCUGGCGGAAAAGCGUUGAGGCCUGCGCCGAGUUUGUGGUGUACCGUAAACGAACGAACGACAGGAGUCGGAACUAGAGCUUAUGCGCCACCUGAGCAACUUCAAGGCGGGAGAUAUGACUUCUCCGUGGAUAUAUGGGCCUUGGGUCUCAUCGUUUUAAAUCUGUUCACAAGGUGCAACACCGCUAUGGAACAAGCCAUGAAUUUCCGAAACGCUCGGGAUGGACGUUUUCCUCCAAAUGUCACCUCGACCUAUCCGUGGAUUGUACCCUUCUGUCGAUGGUGCCUUCAAAAGGACCCCUCAAAGCGCCCUACAGUUCGUCAGCUGUAUCAGCACUAUUGGUCCACGGGAUCGGUGUUCGGUCCCAAAAUCAAGGCACCCAAAUGUUCAACUUUAGAACUCUUAUCGCGGACAGAAAAUCAGAAUGUCUCGUUUCCUCAGUGUUGUCGACUGCCCCACGUGUGGACGGGCGCGUGUCUCCCCCAUCGGCUGCCACCAUCGGAAGAACUGUUAUUCUACUCACCCAAACAGGGCUGUCCUAGCAGUGUUGAAUCUCACCUGAGUGGAGAUGACGAACCUCAGGGGAGCGUGCCCGGCAUCGGGCAAUCUCUACGGCAGCACUUUGCGGUCGUCCAGGGCCCUGCGGGUUCUGGCUUGAGGGAGUGUUGGGACCAGGCUAGUUCGAGUUUCGACGCGCAGGCCGACGGACAAGAUCACCCUUCGCAGUCCUAUCCUACCGGUCCUCUGGGGACGCCUUGCCACCACUCAUCUCUUCCGGCUGAUUGGGUCCCCCUCUCCUUCGCGUGCAGAUCGCGAAUGGAGUCAGCGCACACCAGCACCAUUGAUGCCGGGGAAAGAUCCUCUGGAGACACUGUUCAAAGCCCUACCGUGCUUCUUGCUACCGAGUGCUCCUUCUUCUCCGACCAUCUCAACUAG